UGGGCUUGGAGAAAUGGAACCACUCUCAAAUGUAUAGACAGAGCUAUGGAUGCAAGGACUAACCGUCGAUGAUAACAACUUUGGCAAAGAAGGGGGUCGAGUGAUAAGUGGCAGAUAUGUGAGAGCAGAACUAAUAAACGGGCUCUGCCCGAUUACUAAAAUGGCCACCCCUGUCAGAACUACAGAUCACAAAAUGGCCGACCGCCAAAACUACAAGUCCCAGAAGCAAGGGGAACCCUCAGAAGGUGGAGCCGAUUCACAGAUAAAGGGUCAAGAAAAACCAGGAAGAGGAAGAGAGAGUGCUGGAAGGAACUAUGAACAAUAGAGAAAGAGACUAUAGAGAUUGGCUGGAUUUACCGUGUAUGAGCUGGAUUGUUUUGGACUUACCUGUUGGCGUUUGGACCUGGACCUACCGAGAACCCGAUUUGUGUACCGAACCCUGCUAUCCUUGACCUCGCCUACGGCCUGGGUGGACCAGGACGGAGAAACAAACACACAGGGGGUUGAUAAGCCUUUUACAGAGGUCAUCAAGGCCAACAUUGGUGAUGCGCAUGCUAUGGGCCAGAAACCAAUCACAUUUCUCCGACAGGUUGUAGCGCUCUGCGCCUACCCAGAUCUCCUAGAAGACGACAAGUUUCCAGAGGACACUAAAAAUAGAGCACGGCGCAUCCUUCAGGCCUGUGGAGGGGGAAGUAUAGGUGCAUACAGUGCUAGUCCAGGCAUUGAGAUCAUACGACAGGAUGUGGCUAAAUAUAUUGAGAAGCGGGACGGUGGCAUCCCCAGUGACCCCGACAGCAUCUACCUCUCCACCGGGGCCAGUGAUGCCAUAGUGACCAUGCUAAAGUUGUUGACGUCAGGCGAGGGGAAGAACCGUACAGGGGUGAUGAUCUCCAUCCCUCAGUACCCCCUCUACUCUGCUGCUCUGGCUGAGCUGGCGGCUGUCCAGAUCAGCUACUACCUGGAUGAGGACAAGUGCUGGAGCCUGGACGUCAAUGAGCUGAGGAGGGCUGUGAAGGCAGCCAGGGAGCACUGUAACCCCCGCGCCCUCUGCAUUAUCAACCCUGGCAACCCCACAGGUCAGGUCCAGAGCAGGCAGUGCAUUGAAGAUGUGAUCCGAUUCGCUGCUGAGGAGCACCUUUUCCUGAUGGCUGAUGAGGUGUACCAGGAUAAUGUGUAUGCGGAGGGUUGCCAGUUCCACUCCUUUAAGAAGGUUCUGUUUGAGAUGGGACCAGAGUACUCCAGUGUUGUGGAGCUGGUCUCUUUCCACUCCACCUCCAAAUGCUUCAUGGGAGAGUGUGGUUUCAGAGGAGGGUACAUGGAGGUGGUUAACAUGGACCCUGAGGUGAAGUUGCAGCUGACUAAGCUGAUGUCUGUGCGGCUGUGCCCCCCCAUCCCUGGGCAGGCCCUACUGGACCUGGUGGUCAAUCCCCCUCAGCCUGACGAGCCUUCCUAUGCCACCUUCAUCAAGGAGCGUACUGCCAACCUGGAUAUCCUGGCUGAGAAGGCCAAGAUGACAGAGCAGGUCCUCAACACGGUCCCAGGGAUCCACUGUAACCCUGUCCAGGGAGCCAUGUACACCUUCCCCCGCCUAUCACUGCCAGAGAAAGCCAUCAACGCGGCAAAGGAGAAAGGCCAGGCUCCAGACAUGUUCUACUGUAUGAAGCUGCUGGAGGAGACUGGUAUCUGCCUGGUUCCAGGUAGUGGCUUCGGGCAGAGAGAUGGAACCUACCAUUUCAGGAUGACCAUCUUACCUGCAACUGAAAAGCUGAAGGUUGUAUUGGAAAAGAUCAGGGAGUUUCAUAAGCGGUUCACAGAGGAGUUCUCAUAACCCCACUCCUCUUCCCAGUCUGGUCUGUAACAAAACCCCACUGCUCUUCCUAGUCUGGUCUUUAACAAAACCCCACUCCUCUUCCCAGUCCGGUCUUUAACAAAACCCCACUCCUCUUCCCAGUCUGGUCUUUAACAAAACCCCACUCCUCUUCCCAGUCCGGUCUGUAACAAAACCCCACCCCUCUUCCCAGUCUGGUCUUUAACAAAACCCCACCCAUCUUCCCAGUCCGGUCUUUAACAAAACCCCACCCAUCUUCCCAGUCUGGUCUUUAACAAAACCCCACCCCUCUUCCCAGUCCGGUCUGUAACAAAACCCCACCCCUCUUCCUAGUCCGGUCUGUAACAAAACCCCACCCCUCUUCCCAGUCCGGUCUGUAACAAAACCCCACCCCUCUUCCCAGUACGGUCUGUAACAAAACCCCACCCCUCUUCCUAGUCCGGUCUGUAACAAAACCCCACCCCUCUUCCCAGUACGGUCUGUAACAAAACCCCACCCCUCUUCCUAGUCCGGUCUGUAACAAAACCCCACCCCUCUUCCCAGUCCGGUCUGUAACAAAACCCCACCCCUCUUCCUAGUCCGGUCUGUAACAAAACCUCACCCCUCUUCCCAGUCCGGUCUGUAACAAAAUCCCACCCCUAUUCCCAGUCUGGUCCAGUAUGUAACAAGACCCCACCCCUCUUCCCAGUCCUGUCCAGUCUGUAACAAAACCCCACCCCUCUUCCCAGUCCGGUCUGUAACAAAACCCCACCCUUCCUCCUCAGAAACUGGUUGGAGAGAUGGUGAAAAUAUCUAACUGAAAGAGUGCCAGUGUGUUACCAACACACCCCCUGUUCGAGACUCUCCCCUCUAGUGUCCUAGACUUGACAUUAAAAGAGGAGCAAUGUGUUAAGAAACUACACUUUUUAGCAUGGUACCUGGCAUGCUGUUCUGUUUCAGCUAAUUGUUUAAAUUGUGUGUCAGACAGCAUCUACACAGUGUACAUAUGUGAUAAUGUUUUAGUCAUUUUCAGUUCAUGACUACUGACACAUGAUUGUGUCAGUUGAGGGUUUUACUUGUUUUGCCAAUCUAGUUUUACAGGUUAUAAAGCUAUAUUAUGAUCAGUCGUACUAUUAUCAGUAAAUAGUUGGCAGAGGUGUGCUUUUAUUGCAUGCCAGAGGGAGUGCAAUGGCUGUUGCGUUGAAAAAGGAUACUGUGAACUACUGUGUGUACGGUGAACAGUCUGAAUGUAGUUACAGUAUUUAAUAACCAUGUUGAUUUUUAUCUUGAAUUGUAAAAAUAUAAAUGAAAGUGUAAUUUA